AUGUACGAUCAGCUUAAUGAUGUCAGUCUCAGCACCAGUCGACAGCUUGCUAGUUACAUCACCUUGUUACAGUGUUGGAUAUACGAGCACUUUCCGUCAGUUAUGGAGUGCAAUGCUGAUUCAGACUACGACAAGGUGUCACCACGUGCGUGUCGGUGGAUUGCGACAAAGAAGACUGUGAAGAAAGUGUCUACAACGACGUACAGGCAACGCCUGGAUCGUUUGCGGAUCCCACAUGUCUGCUGGAUGCCAUAUUCAGAGCACCGACCUGUGCAGCACUUUCAUCCGAUUUCGUGCUUCUUUGGACAGGUCCGCUGGGGGCCUGUUGUUGUCAGAUACAGAUCAGAGAGGGUUAUGCCCCAGUUCGGCUACGUCCAGUGCAUUCCUGCACACCCUGUCCAUCCAUGGGUGGCAUAUGAUGACGUAGAUGAUAUGUGGACGCACUACUCAGACUAUCUGGCGGCAGCAGGUGAUCCAUGUGUUGAGCCAGGUCAAUGUGUGCCAAACCACAUUGACUGGUUCUUCCGUAUUUCUCAUCCAUUCAUGACCGUGGCACAACCAUCAGAUCCUCCAGCAGAUGCACCUCAGGUCCCAGAGUUAGAUAUCCCUCAGGUCUCGGAUGAUCCAGCCAGGUCUGAUGUCGAUGAGCCCAGACAUGCAGUGGAGGCUUGCGAUGCGAUCACCAAGAGGUUGGAGCGUCACCUCAGCCUCAGGAUAGUCACGCCAGGAACAUCGACACAUGAGGUCAUCGAAGAAUGCCUCAAGAUUGCCAGGAGUGUCACCCAGGAUCGCAUUGUGUACGUGAGGUCUCAACGUAGGCGUCGCAUGGAUCAGCCGUAG